AUGAACGACCUCAAAGGAAAGUUGGCCCUCGUUACCGGGGCUUCUGGUGGAAUUGGUUCUGCAGUUGCAAGAGAUCUGCAACGCCAGCAAGUUCAUCUUGCGCUGACAUACUAUUCCUCAAGACAAGGAAUUGAGGAUUUGAUAAAGGAGCUAAAGCUAGUCGAUCCUACUUCGAUAGAACACGGAGACAGCUACAAGGCGUCGAUUCACCAGGCCGACAUGGCCAAGAUAUGUGAUUUGCGACGCCUGUUUGAUGAAGUCAACAACGAACACGGGCGGUAUCCUGACAUUCUGGUCGCCAAUGCAGGACACGGAAAACCUAUUCCGUACUUGGAGGAUAUCGCGUUGGAAGAGUGGGACCACACUAUUGCGGUCAAUCUAACGGCAAAUUUUGUGCUAUGCAAGUUGGCCAUACUGCACAUGAAGACCCAGAACUGGGGCCGUGUUAUUUUCAUGGGAAGCAUAUCGGGCUAUGGCGGCGGCAUCAAUGGUUGCCACUACGCGGCCUCAAAAGGCGGAUUGAUGGCAUUAGUUAAGAACCUCGCGACAAAGUUGGGACCAUAUGGCAUCACAAUAAAUGACGUUGCACCUGCGAUGAUCGGAAAUACUGGCUUGAUCCCUGGAGAAAAGACCGUGGAGGGCACCCCAGGUGAUGUCCGAAACAUUCCUGUAGGACGUUUAGGAAGGCCUGAGGAAGUAGCGAACGUGGUGACGAUGUUGUGUAGAACCGGCUACCUGACAGGGCAGAGCAUUUUACUGAGUGGAGGUCUCAAGUAG